AACUGGUUAAUCUGAAGUGAACGAACGUGACGUGAUUUAUAGAAAACUGCGUUCAGGAAAACUCCUUCAAGGUGCCACGGUCACUGUUUGUUUCAAGGUAGAAAGCCUGUUGUAUGAAUGAAGUUACUCAAUUUCUGUUGGAGAAAUGGGGAAGUACUGCUGUGAAUGUUGCACCUAUUUCUUGCCUGAAGAUGAGAGGAACGCCAUCGCCAUAAAUAAGGAAAUCCAACAUAUCCUUGCAGAGCAGAGGAAAAAAGAACAGAGAGAAAUCAAGUUGCUUUUAUUAGGCACGGGAGAAAGUGGAAAGACAACGUUUAUGAAGCAAAUGAGGAUUAUUCAUGGCAAGGACUUCUCAACUGACGAGAAGCGUAGCUACACUAAACUGGUUUUCCAGAAUAUCUUACAAGCUAUGAGUGCAAUAACAGAAGCCAUGAACAUGCUAAAGAUUCCCUACUCCAACCUACAGAACGAGGUUUAUGCCCAGUGGUUCAAGGAUUUGGACAUACAUCAGAUAACACAGCUGCAGAGAAAUUACAUAGAGGCUAUUCGUCAACUAUGGGAAGACCAAGGCGUUAAGAUCUGCUAUGGACGGCGCAGAGAGUAUCAGUUACUAGACUCCACUAAGUACUUUAUUGGUGACUUGGAUCGCAUCACAGCCGAAGGCUACAUCCCAACAAAUCAAGAUAUUCUUCAAGUCCGAUUCCCCACUUCCGGCAUCAUAGACUAUUGCUUUGAAUUGGAGAAGAUGACUCUCAGGGUUGUAGAUGUCGGUGGUCAGAGAGGACAGAGAAAGAAGUGGAUCCAUUGCUUUGAAAAUGUGACAUCGCUCAUAUUUCUAGCCUCCAUGAGCGAGUACGACCAACUUCUGGAGGAGAAUAACAAGGAUAACCGUAUGCAGGAGAGCUUGUCACUGUUCUACACGACCAUCCACUCAAAGUGGUUUUCUAAUUCCUCUGUCAUCCUGUUCCUGAACAAAAAGGACAUCCUGGCUGAAAAGAUUCAGUUCUCAGAUCUAAAAACAUACUUUCCUGAAUUUGAAGGUAAACGUAGGGACGUUCAAGAUGCCAUGGAUUUCGUCAGAAGUUUAUAUAAACAGAAUACAAAGAAAUCCAAACCAAUCUACUCUCACUUCACCUGCGCCACGGACACCAACAACAUCCGCAAAGUCUUCUCCGACGUCAAAUACACUGUCCUUGUCCAGUCCUUAGAGUAUGUUGAAAUUAUCUAAUGAGCCCUAAAUGCACCUUCAGUUUGCAUACUCAUCAGCCAAAUUAAUGUGUUAUCAUAAUAGACACCAUUUAUGAAGCAAAUGAGGAUUUUUCAUGGCAAGGGCUUCUCAACUGACGAGAGGCGUAGCUACACUAAACUGGUUUUCCAGAAUACCUUCCAAGCUAUGAGAGCAAUAGCCUAACAGAAGCCAUGAACACGCUAAAGAUUCCCUACUCCAAUACAGUAUAUAUAUAUAUAUAGACUACUGCU